GUUUCUCUUUCUACUCUAUAACUCUCGCUCUUUCUCUCUGUAAACUCUGAAACUAUCGAUCCAUGGGUUUUUCCGGGAGGCCAAAAUGUUAUUUUUUGGCGAUGUUCGUCGUUUUUGUAGGAAUCGUCUGCGCUGACGACUAUGUCCGGCCUCCCGCUGGCAGGUCUCUUUAUGCGUCCCUAUCAGAUGAUCAUAGUAGUACGUCUCCUCAACAGGUACACAUAUCGUUAGCGGGUAAUGGGAAAAUGAGAGUAUCGUGGGUUACGAAAGAGUCGACUCCAUCAACCGUAAAAUACGGUAAAUCUCAAGGGAAAUACGAUGCUUCAAAUACGGGGACGAGUUCUUCGUAUAAAUACAUCGUGUACAAGUCUGGUCAAAUACACGAUGUAGUCCUUGGUCCAUUGGAGCCGAACACAACGUAUUACUACAAAUGUGGCCUAGAUUCAAGCCCGGAACUCAGUUUCCAAACUCCUCCGGCUCAGUUUCCGAUUGAUUUUGCAGUUUCCGGAGAUCUAGGCCAAACUGAAUGGACUAAAUCGACACUCGAACACAUUGGAAAAACUGGUUAUGAUGUUUUACUACUUCCGGGAGACUUAGCAUAUGCCGACUUUUACCAACCAUCAUGGGACACAUUUGGUCGCUUGGUCGAGCCAUUGGCAAGUCAACGACCAUGGAUGGUGACACAAGGCAACCACGAGGUCGAGAGAAUUCCAUUCAUCCAUAAAGAGCGGUUUACAGCAUACAAUGCUAGAUGGCAUAUGCCUUUUGAAGAGAGUGGUUCUAGUUCCAACUUGUUCUACUCGUUUGAUGUUGCUGGUGUCCAUGUGAUCAUGCUUGGGUCCUACACAGAUUUUGGACCCGACUCUAACCAGUACAAAUGGCUUGAGUGUGAUCUCAAAAAGGUCGACAGAAAACAAACCCCUUGGCUGUUUGCUCUUGUUCAUGCUCCAUGGUACAAUUCGAACAGCGCACAUCAAGGGGAGAAAGAGAGCACUCGUAUGAGGGAUUCAAUGGAAGCUUUGCUUUAUAAUGCUCGUGUUGAUAUUGUUUUUGCUGGCCAUGUUCAUGCAUACGAACGCUUUACACGUGUUUACAAAGAAGAAGCUGACAAGUGUGGUCCGGUUCAUAUCACCAUAGGAGAUGGAGGCAACCGUGAAGGUCUUGCAAUGAAGUAUAAAGACCCACAACCGAAUUUAUCUCUAUUCAGGGAGGCGAGCUUUGGGCACGGGCAGCUGAGGGUGGUGAAUGCGAGCCAUGCACAGUGGACAUGGCAUAGAAAUGAUGACAAGCAGCCCGAUUCUGUGUGGUUCACGAGCCUAGCUUCUGAUUCAGCAUGUGUGGUCUAG